AUGGUGACGUGGAAUUCUUCCCUUUCAACAACACGGCAUUCCUCCAGAGAUAAGAUAUAUGAAGUCCUUCAGGAAAAUGGUGGUUUGAUUGAUUGUCAAAGCACAAGGGACACUUUCAUUUAUGCGGCCAGUUGUCACAUAUCCGGUCUUGACCCCGUCAUGGAAGUUCUGGCAAAUGCUAUAUGGCGGGCAAAGAACACCGCGGAAGAGCUGGAAGAAGCCAAGAUGAUCGUGCAAUACGAGAACGACGACAUGCCACGCAAGAUCGAAAGCACUGAGCCUUUGUUAACGGACUGGCUGCACAAGGCUGCUUUCCGAGACAAUACGUUAGGAUUUUCAAAGUAUACCAGUGAGAAACAGUUGUCAAACAUUCAUCAACAACACGUUAACUCUUACAUUAGCCAGUAUCACGCACCAGACCGCCUUGUCGUCGCAGGCGUUGGUGUGGAUCACGAUGAGCUUGUUUCUGUUGUUGAACGGUAUUUCUCCCCUGGAACUGCGAACUGGGAGAAGCAUCCAGAAAUUCUGUUACCGAUGAUGCCUAAGCUUGAUUGUUCAGUCGCUCAAUAUACAGGAGGAGAAGUUCGGGUGGGUACAGACUAG